CGCCCUCUCUCUGGGUACUUAAUACCUCUCUUAAAUCCAUUGUAACCCCAUAAAGAACCCUUUAUUUUAUUGUGGGCGAGUUCUCCCAAGACCUUCUUCCCACUCUUCGCAAUAACCACUUAUCCUCUCAGUUAUCUGUUUCUACUUUUCUUCCUUUUUGUUCCUGUUUCCUUUUUGUAUUUUGCCUCAAUUUACUGUUUCAUUUUGAAGCUAUUAUAUCUUUUCGUCAUUUUCUUUUUGUUUGUUUUCAUUUGUUCCCCAAAAUCGUAAUGGAUUUGUAGCAAUGGAUUGUUGGAUUUCAUAGCAGCAAAAUGCUCAAAUUAAGUGAUUUUUGGAGGAAGCAUAAAAGGAAGGUUCUUGUUGGAGCUGGUCUUAUAGGAAGUGGAUAUGUUCUGUAUAAGUUAUACAACGCUCAUAGACAAAGGCUUGAUGAUCUGGAGAGAGAACUUGCAAGUGAAAGAAGAAAAGUUGAUGAACUUGUCAAGGACCAAAUGCAAGCCCAUUUUGAAAACAUACAGAGAAUAGCUGAUACGACUACAUUGCCACACGCAAUGCAAUACUUAAGCAAUCGGAUAGAAGAAGAGUUGGAUCUUUCUCACCUAACGGACAGGCUUAUGAAAGGGAAGGGUCAGCCGAAUACUUUGAUGUCUUCGGAGAAACACGAGCUGUGGGAUAGACUUAAGAUUCUAAGUUUCACAAGAAUGGUGUUGUCAUUGUGGACAAUGACAAUACUUAGCCUGUAUAUCAGAGUUCAAGUCAACAUACUAGGAAGACAUUUAUAUAUUGAUACUGCACGUCAUCUCCUUUUACCAGAUGAUGGUGAUCUCAUUGACAGGGAUGACCAGCAGAGAUUUCUGGCAAGUGCUGAUUUUCUUUCUACGUAUGCCUUGCCUGCCUUGAUUUCAAAUAUGCAGGCAGCGGUAACAGAAGUUCUUAAAGGAAAGCAGUUGAGGGAUUUCAUAAACACUACAGUUCUUCAUGAAACUAUCAUCCAAAUACUUAACACCUUUAUGAGCAUAAGAAGUCCCCAUCUUUGGGUGGGCUACUUGAUGCCCGAGGAUGCUCGUUUACAUGAACUAGCCACCGCCUCCAGUAGUGAUGACAAAGGUCUUUCAGAUGUCACCAAAUUUGAUCAACUUAUGGUGGAGACAAGGGCAGUGAUAUCGAGUGCCAAAUUUGUAAAUGUUGCUGAGAUAGCAUUGAAAGCGGUGGUAAACACAUUGGUCAAAGAAAUAGGAAUCCAAUGUGGAGGAGACACUCUGGCAAACGGGAUGCCACUUGCCAGGUUGUUGGCACGUGUCACUCAUGUGGGUCCCAUUCUUCUUGUAGAGCCAAGCAAAAACCAAUUCAUCCAAACAAUUCGGAACGAAAAAGAAGUGGAAAUGCUCAUCACUCUCAUCUACACAGACGCCAAUGUCAUGGAUUAACAAAGUGAGUUUAUGUUUUUCUAUUUCAAAGUUACAAAACGUUCUUGUAGGCUUACAAGGGAAUGAAGGCACCAAAGCAAAUAUGUAAAGAAUGUGAUUUGCUUUAGAUUUGGCGUUUUCCAAAAUUAUUCAACAAAUGGAAAGAGACAAUAGAAAGUUUAGGAUCACUGUAGUGUAAUUUAAAUUUACCCCUUUUUAGUACUUGCUCUUCACAAGCUUUUCUUAUUUUUAUUUUUUAUUUUUAUUUUUCACUGUAGUUUCUAUGUUUGAUUAUGA